AGCGGGUGCGGCAGUGUUGGCUGAGUGGUCUGGUGAGCAGGUGGUGGCCGGGACCUUGUUGUAGCGCCCGUGGGAGUCCAGUCCGUGUGCAGUGUUGACCAUCGCCGCCCGCCGUGGCCGCCUGCUCAUUGAGCCCCGCACCGUGUGGUGCCGCCCUCUGCUGUGUGUGUCGUGCGUAUAGUGUGGCUGCCGUUGUCGGGCGGCGGAGCAAGGGACGGUCGUAAGGUGAGCUCUUGACCUCCGCUCCUCUCCUCUCCCGUCUAUCUUCACGCCAUGGAAGAUUCCGCCAGCUUCAAGGUGAGCGUCGAGUCGUGGAUGUCCGGCAUGAUGAACGGCAUGGACUCCUGCACUCAAAAUGGCACCGCCUCGUCCAACUCGUCCCAGAGCGGCCACAUCGAGGAGUCCAAGACAAACCUCAUCGUUAAUUACCUGCCUCAGAACAUGACCCAGGAAGAAAUCCGCUCCCUGUUCUCAUCUAUAGGCGAGCUGGAGUCCUGCAAAUUAAUCAGAGACAAGGUCACAGGUGAGUCAGGUGAGAUAGAGGGUGACGAAGCAGGCCUGGUGGCCGGGGGACUGAAGCGUCAGAGCCUGGGCUACGGGUUCGUCAACUAUGUCCGGCAAGACGACGCUGAGCGAGCCAUCAACCAGCUCAACGGGCUACGACUCCAAAACAAAACUAUUAAGGUGUCGUACGCGAGGCCGAGUAGCGAGGCCAUCAAGGGGGCCAACCUAUACGUGUCGGGCCUGCCCAAGUCUAUGACCCAGCAGGACCUGGAGGGCAUGUUCCGCGCCUACGGCUCCAUCAUCACCUCUCGAAUCCUCUGCGACAAUAUUACAGGAUUGUCAAAGGGCGUGGGUUUUAUCCGGUUUGACCAGCGUAUUGAGGCGGAGCGAGCUAUCCAAAAAUUGAACGGUACAAUCCCAGAAGGCGCAGCAGAGCCCAUCACUGUCAAAUUCGCCAAUAACCCCUCGAAUAACAACAAAACGGUGCCGCCCCUGGCAGCGUACCUGUCCCCUCUGACGCGCCGCUACGGCGGACCCAUCCACCAUCCAGCAGGCCGCUUCCGCUACAUUCCCCUCUCGCCCCUUACCAGACAUUCCUUGGUGUUCCCUCAAGUGAAAACGAUAGAUUCACUGCCGGAGGAGCCCUCAAAUCUUGCCCAAGAUAUGAAAAGCAAGUUAGUGUAUUCCCCCGGGUCGGGUGAUAACCUGCUGGGGAACUCCCUCCUCCCCGGCAGUGCCCUCAACGGUUCCGGUUGGUGCAUAUUCGUUUAUAACCUAGCGCCAGAGACCGAAGAGAACAUCCUGUGGCAGCUUUUUGGACCCUUCGGUGCCGUGCAGAACGUGAAGGUUAUCCGCGACCUACAGACCAACAAAUGUAAGGGCUUUGGCUUUGUCACCAUGACCAACUACGACGAAGCCGUGGUCGCCAUCCAGUCUCUGAACGGCUACACGCUUGGCAACCGUGUUCUCCAAGUUUCGUUCAAGACCAACAAGCACAAGAGUUAAGGUGGGCCGCUACCCGACGUCCGGGCUGUGGUGGCGGUGCUGCAGCCCGGGGGCGCCACAGCUGUUGCCCUCUGCGGGCAGCAGCACAGGCGCUGCCCGCCACGUCACUCGUCUCCUCCCGGUGGCGGGUGUGGUCCACACGGCCCCCCCACGACGGCGUGGCCCACACCAUGGGGGUCAUGUGCUAGUCAGGUCCAGAGGACCCUGGGGUGUCCCACUCCGUAACUGGCAGCAGUAAAAGCUGUAGCAGCGACAGGAAUGUCUGUAGCAGCCACGGCAGGGGCUACCGGCGGCUGAGGUACACAGCCACCACCAGCCUGGCCCCCUGCUACCCGGACUGGGCCCCCACACCCCCCCCGCCGCACUACAUGUGAGGCGCCCUCGCGGGGAGGUCGUUCUGCGCCCGCCCCCCGCCAUCCAAAUAUAUGUAUAUUAGAACGUACUUACUACAAACAAUUUAUCAAGAGUCAUAUGAUCUGAUUAUCCCAAAGCAGAACUAGUCGGCUAAGUGAGGAUGUAUCACAAGGUGCUAGUCGCACUAAGGCCAGUAGUGGGCUCUGUUGAGCGCCACUCACCGCUGAUAUCAUUAAUACUGUAAGUUGUCAAGUUGUCGAGUCCUCAAAACCUUGUGUGAAUGGGUUUGCGCUGCUGGAAGUGGGUGUAGGCAGGCCCGUGAGCGUGGGAGGUGUGGGCGUGUGUGUGUGAGCAUGUACCACGCCCACCCCCGCGCCACCCUGCCUACACACACCAAGCACGCGCUCUUAUUUAUUGAUAUUUAUCUCAUAUUUAAGGCUAAGUGUAUUUUUAUUGUCUUUACUAAUGUACACUUAAAGAAAUGAGUGUAACGGAAUUAUUUUGCCAGUCUGUGGAAAAAUAGUUAGUAUUUUGUUUCUUACCUUGUCAAGGAAAAUAGUUUAGUAUUUUGUGUUUAUUUACCUUGUCAAUAAUGAGCAGCAAUAGAAUCUCACUUUUUCUUUUAGGUUGUGUUCUUGCUUAAAAGUAAGCAAGUUUUCUAGUCUUUAUUUCAAGUCAAUUAUGUAUCGUAGGUUGAUUUUCCUAGGUGUAGUUUCACGUUUUUCAAUAAUUUCAAUGUGAAAAAAAGGUUUAUUUCUUGUCUUUUAUGAUUGUCACAUUUUCUUUAUUUCUGUAUACACCAAAUGUCAAUCACCAUUUUAGUUCUGAAUGGCUGGGAAAUAAAUUUAGUUUGUUUAUUUGAGUUUGCCUUUUUAUUUAGUUGUCACUUUAUUUGGCCCCUUUUAGUUCCCCACUAACACGUUGCACGGCGAAGCUUACGCACGGGUCCCUUAGUUGUUCACAUGUGUGUUUACAGCACCAGUAGGGGGUGGUGCCACCCAGCCGCCCGCACCACGCCCGCUCCUGCCAAGUUAAUAAGUGGGCGGACUCAGGCUGACACUGGCGGCUGUGAGGGCGGGCGGCUGGGUGACAGGAUCCCCGUCCUCUGCUGCCACCCAUGUUCCUCGCCGCACCCACCCGCCGCCCAUUGCAUGCCGCCCCAGCAGGAGUAGCGAGCGUGGCAUCGGCGAGGGCGUCAUGGUGGGCACAUAACCAACCGUUGCGUUGAGUUGGUCGUCUUGGUUUGCUUCUUGGGACUUGUGUUUUGGGUUUUUGAGGAUAAAACCGCGCAAGUUAAGCACACAAAGUACUGGUUGUCCUCGAGCCGUGGUCCUCGAGCAGGUGUCACAAUAAAGACUACUUAACGAUCGACCCUUCUGUACUAAUCUGCUGUCAAGGUAAGGAUAAGGGAAACUUCCAUGCAAACCUAAAGAUUAUCUUGAGAAAAUGUGUCUAUUUUUGUACAGAAAUUUAGAUAAAGAACCCUAAUAACAUUCCUGCAUCAAUCGAUAUAAGUCAAUAAUAAUAAUGAUAAUGAUAAUUAAUGAUUAUUAUUAAUAUUAUUAUUAUUAUUAUUCCUGCAUCAAUCGAUAUAAGUUAAGCAUAUGUAGAUGGCAGUGUUGUGAUUCGAGUUCCGAAUUUUGCAGUCUGAUUUUGAAUCUCACCCUUCGCGCACCCUAUUUGUAAGGGUGACUUUUCUGAAGCACAUCAGAUUAUUCAACCCUACAUUUCACUCAGUGUCAGAUGUGUAUGUACGGGUGAUAUUUUUCUACCGAGAUUGUAGUCUUCGGAACUCCUCUUUAUAUACCCGCCGAAGCACCCGUUAAGAACAGACACGGUGGUUCUUCUGUUCAUAGAGGGUUUUAACAAGUUUUAUCAGUUUUUUAUAUACAGUACCAAAGGCUAGUUGUCGGCACUUGUCUAUAAUAAUUAUGUCUGUGGGGCUAUAAUUAUUAAGUGGUUGAAAGCCCUCUUGGGAAGGCCAACAAAUGUAACACACAUGUACCCAAUUUUAAACAUCAAGGAAGCAAGGACAUACAAAAAGUAAAAAAAAAAAAAAAAUUGAGCAAAAAAUAUCUUAGGGUCUGGAAGGCAAAGGUUUGACGUAGAUGGGUGCCACUGUUUUGGGUUUCUUGGUGUACGGUGCCAAGAUUUAGAUAAGGAUGGUGUGGAUGCUGGUCUCUCUAGGCUGGACAUGUAGAUGGUUUGUACUCUGGGGACUGUUGCCUAUGAGGUAAUUACAGUUGUUGUUAGGACUGUUGAAAAGUAGUUUGUGAAGGUAUUUUUAUGCUGAGAAUAUAUAUGAAAGAUUGCUAUCACCCCCGUUCAUAUUAUCCCUCUAUGAAUGAAUCAACGAAAUAGAUUAAUAUUGAUAAUGGUACUUCUUGUUGAAUAGAUUUGAUGUUAAUGAAGCGCAGGUGAACAGAUACAUUCCUCUUUCCGUCACAAAUAUUUGCGUUCUAGUCGACUGCCCCAAAGGUGACUCGCGCGAGGCUAGGCGGCGGUGCCACACGGGAUAGGUGGUGGUGGGUAGGGGCCACUAUCCCCCCAGCGGUGCCUCCCUCACGCUCUCACCACCUCUACCACCACCCACUCACUCACUCACUUGCUCGCUUGCUCGCUCGCUCGCUAGCUCUACUACUUAAUCAACCCUCACCAGCAAAAUGAAUUGUGUUGCUUCAUUUCAGGGCAAGGAAUUUAAGUCACAAAUCUUAGCAUUAAAAGCCUUUGCUCACGGAACUGCAGGGAUAUUUUCGGUAAGCAACAAUUAAAUGUUAAUGGAAGUAAAUUUGUGGGGGAAUUGGCGGGUUGUGAGUGGGAUGUGAGGUAGAGAUGGGCGUGAGGGAAGUCCUGAGGCUGAUGUAACCACGCCCACGCCGCCCGCAGCACCCGCCCGUCGGCCACGCUGCCUCCCUCAAUACAUUUUUGCGGGAGUCAGUACCCACAGACUUUGGUUUCAGGAUUUAUUUAUUAAGAUGGUAAACACGUGUAUUGCAUGAUAAAUCCUAUACUCAGUGUAACCAAAGGUGCAUUAACAGUUGGAUCUCAGAAUAAUGUUCGUUCAAAGGAAAAGUUGGGCGCAGGUGUAAGUGUUGGACGGUUGAUAGUUUACCUGCUCAGGCGGAGUGUUUGGCCAGGUGGGCCGCCCCUCUGGCUGGGGCCGUGUUCCUGGUCAGGGGUGCGGCCCGCUGUCCACCACCGGACCGCGCCACAGAGUGAAGGACUUUACGGAUGCAAAUUCCCCGGUGCCGCCCUCCCCUAGCGGCGCCCCUUCACGUGGCUGGCAGUGUGGCCACCCCCGAGUAGGCGGCGGCGGACGGGGGUGGGCGGACACUGCCCUAGUAACGCGGGCGGUGCAGCGAGUCGGAGCCGUCGCCCCUCUGCCACAAGCAGUGACUAUGUGGCGCGACUGGUGGUGGUGGUGCGGCACUCCGACUUCGCUCGCUGCCGCACACGUAAAACCCAGUCUGUCAAUGUGUUUGUCGAUUACGAUGCAUUCAGUUUGCAUUUUACCGCGUAUCUAGUAUCGUAAUUUAUAAUAUAUUAUUGUAUCUAUUUGUCAUCUUCUUGUAUAUUAUUCAAGUCUAGUUUGAAUAUUGUUCAUAUUAUUAUUCCUCUUAGAAGGGAGCAUGCGGAGUCUCCUACUCGCCUCCAGAUUGUGUACCCAACCAAAUUGGUUCCCGGGCGAUGGUGGGGGCGAGGGCGCGCGCGUGGGCGGGACCCGUCGAUAGCACAAACCACCCGCGCCUUGGGCCGCCCACGCCGGUUCCCGCCCGCACCAUGGCCCUUACAGCCACACUCCGCAUGUCUCCCAACACUUGGAUUUAUUGUAUAUGUAAUGUAAACCUUUUCUCCUCUUUGUGUGUUGUAGCCUACUAGGUUUAACGCCACACUCCCACUCCGGCUGACGGGCCCUGCACGCCGCGUCACCCGCAGGCGUCACCAAUGCUGCCCGCUACGCCCGUCUUGGUGCUUGGUUCACGCCGCCCGCCGCCCACCAGUGCUGCCCUUUCCGCCCCCGGCACCGCAGCUCGCAUCGUCCCCUCACGCCGCCGCCGCCACUACCUCCGUGACAGUGGCGGCGAUGGCUGGCGGACGGGCGGGCGGCGAGGGUGGGGAUGGGAGGGCGGCCGUGGCGGGUGCGUGUCUACGUGCGUGCGUCCUGGAGGGAAGUUCUCUGGUGCCACGUUGUUUCGCAAGCUCUCACUCAAUCAUUCCAUGUUCUCUGUGUCUGUGUUUGUAUUGAGUCUAAACUGCAACUUGUUAACGACUUUGGGGGUCUAAUCCGAAUACCUCGACAACAAAUGAUGCAAUAAUGUCUUUUAUCCGACUCUUAUUGUAGAGUAGUCUAUGAAGAUUAUAAUAAAAGUCAUCCAAAGAGAAGUAGUGGUUUCAAAUCUAAAUUUUUAUUAUAAAACGCCUUGGGACACCAUCUCUGGCACAACUAUUUUGUAAGUGUUACAGAUGAAUUUUUGAGCAAAUACCGCUGGGGAUGGUGACCCGAGCCUUGGCCGUAUGUUUCCACACCCGCCAAUUCUUGAUUUGCCACGUGAAGUACAUGAUGAUAGUGUCGGGCAGCCGCCAGCUAGCGCGCCGCCUGGCACGGGUGUCCGCCGCGCGCGGCCGCGGGACCCCGGUCACCCUGGUCGCCGCGGUGACCAGCCACGUCACGCAGCCACCUUUACUUUUCUGCCCGUUAAACCAGGCAGGACUUUGUUGGUGUUAGACUGGCCAUUCUAGUUACAUAUGCAAUUGUUUACCAGCCCUGCCGUCACCAGUCCGUUGUGGUGGGGAGCACAGGCAGCCUCACCUAGCCUCCCUGCGGCGUCACCGCACCACCCGUUGUUGACCCACCCGCCCACCUACGCCACCCAUCCAUCUGGCCUGGAUAGGUGGGGGCGAGGGCGGGCGGGCGGCCCGCACCGGCCGCUCAUCUUGGCUCGGGGGCCUGACCACCGCUGGCCCGGGCUGACUCAGUUGCCGCCUGUAGGCGCCACUUUGGUUGUUGUGUUGCCCCCGAGUGGGCGGCAGCCAGCUCUGCCGCCCACGCCAUGCCCCGCCACAUGUCAUGGAAUGGCCACCUCCUUCUGUACUGUUCAGCUUCUGUAGAGUGCCGCCGCUAGGUGUCUGUGUGUAUGGUUUACAUUACCUCCGGGCGUCGUACGCGCUGCCCCCCGCCCUGGCACCCACCAUCACCACGCCUGCGCCGCCCUCACCAGGCCAUGCGCAUGGGCGGGGACAGCAGAGCACCCACACCCGGGUUUUGUCUCCUGACAUCUUUAGCACGUAAGACUUUUCUCCUGAUAAUUAUCAUUCUUCUUAUUUAGAGUAAUAAUCCGAUAUACAGGCAUAUAGUAUGAGCGCUUCUGUAUAAGUUACCGUAGUCUAACUAUUAAUAUUAUUAUAUUUAAUGUGUCAUUAGUCUAUCUGUUUGCUUGUUUAACUUGUCGAGUGUAGAGCCAUGGGUUGGAUUUUGGUUAUUUUGGUCACAUGUUCGCAAAGGAAAUUAAAAGAAAAUCCAGAUGACAUAUUUGUAAUUUGAGAUAUGAAGUAAGAAAUAAUUUUAGCAGAGCCUACGAGGACCCCCGAGACAGCCCGCCCCCGCGCGCGGCCACGAAGGUAUCAUACUGCUGCCCUACGCCCACAACUGGAAUGGCCAAACUCUCUCCCAUCGACUUUGGUUUGAAUACUGUACUGCUCGUAUUACCCAAGUACUUAACCAUUGGUUUUGUCGUGUAUUUGUGUUCCAGCAGUCUUAGACACUAAACAAAGUUGUAGAUCAUAAGUUCUUUGCCAGUUCAUGUAAGUUCCCCCUUCAAUUUUCGCUGGGAUCCGGUCUCCGUUAUCUUUGAGUUGUCAGUCGCUCUUGGAGGCGCGCCGACCGGCCGAGCCUCUCCUGUUCCUCUGCCUCCUCCACUUCCUCGCCCACCCUUUGUCUUCUUUCUUUUUUCUUCCUCCACUUUCUAUUUGUCAUAUACCUCUUUAAAACACCCCCUCCCCAUCCCUCCUGACCCCUAUCCUGGUCCUCCCCCUCCUCCUGCAAGGUGCCCCAAACUUUGCUCUGCAGCCCAAAAUGCCACCACCACCCGCGUUCUUCUUGCCCUCAUGUUUCCUGUCACUCGUAAUGAGGCAAUUGUGAUUUUGGCAAGGACCUGAACAAUUAACCAAAAAGUUGAGCAGGGAGCUUUCCACCGCUGUUUAUUUAUUUACCGAUGUUUUAGGCCGCGAGGGUUGGUGCACUGUGGGUGAGGGCCGCUGGGGGAAGAGCGAGCUGGAUCAUAACCCCCAGCAGGUGUUGUUGUUUUUUUAAUAAUAAUAAAAAUAAUUAGAACCAACGUGCGCGAGCACCCUCCCUCACUAACCCUUUGGUCACGGGGUGCCGCCUCCCUUACAAUUCUCAUCAAGUUGGCUAAUUCACCAAAAUAUAAUAAUAGUAGUAAAACCAGCCCCAAACAGUGCAUUAAAAACAAACAUGUGAUAUUGGCUUGAUGGUUUUGCCUGCCAGGUGAAUGUAUUUUUUAAUAAUAAGUUGUUGGCCGCUUUGGUCCCCAGAGCCCACCCCAGUUGCACAACCUCAGGCUGAGCUGGAGAAGCCCCUGACCAAUUUUUGUACACAGCGAUGCAGAUCGAUCUUGUUGUCGUUUCCAAAGGUAGUUUUGGUUGUAUUGCAAUAUUUGUACUUUUCCAUGUUGAAACCUUAAACAAUAAAUUAUUGCAAGACAUGUU